AUGAGACAUAUCAAUGUCGUCCUCAUUGUCGGAAUCACUACAAUAUUUCUAUUCCUCAAUAUUUAUGGACUCAUUGAAAUUCUACGAUUUUUGAAAGAUCUACAACAGCAUCGAUCGAAGCCAAUUCUUAGCAAGAAGUUGAGCGAAGAUCUAACACCUUCCACCGUGACAAGCGAGCCGAGCACAAGUGUUGCGACGACAAGCUCCAUAUUCCGAGUGAAUACGACUCCCUAUAGUCUCACACCUCCAGGACUCUUCCCCUCACGAAUCACAUCUUCGGGAACACCAAGACCUCCCUCUCGAAGGACCACUCAAUCAAGAAUAACCUCCUCAAGAACACCCUCUUCAAGGACAACACCUUCGAGAACCACCAUUGUAUGGACGACCCGUCGUAUUAUUCCGCCUUACGAACGUCGACAUCCGAAAUUACAUGGACAAGGAACUGAUGUGGAAGAGCACCACUAUCGACACCAUCACACACCUAUUCACAGAAUUCACCCGCACAUUAUCCACAGAACUACUACUACUGCACCCCCAAGCACAUCAAUUAGAAUCCAUAUUACCACCAAUAGAAUAUUUGUGCCCGAUCCAACUACUGAUAGCUCCCGGAUAGAAGUUCAUCGCCCAUUAUCUCCGGUAACUAACCGUCCAGAAACAAAGCCUACCGUUGAGACACUUACCCAUCACACUCCAACAAGAAUCGUUCAUCCCCAUCGUCCUUUGUACACAAAGCCCGUUACCACGAUUUCAUCGGAAGAAAAGGAUGAUGUGACCAUCGUCACCGCUCUAAUUGACAUUGGACGAGGAGAUUGGGACAGGUAUCGUCGCCCACUUGAACAAUACCAUAUAUUCAUGGAAAAUCUGCUGUCUCUACAGAACAACAUGGUGAUAUUCACGGAUACCUCAAGCUAUGAUUUCAUCCAUAAAUACAGGAAGAAUAUGGGUGAAAUGCACCGAACGAAGAUACAUCUCAUCACACUUAACGACCUUCCGCUCUACCGUCAUCUCGACGCUGCUAGCAAAAUCAUAAAGGAAGAAAGACAAAAUGACCGUUUAUGGCGUUCAAUUUGGGAUCCAGCAAUGAGAGAUCAUCCUGAAGCGCGGAGCGCCGAAUACAAUGUUUUGGUGAACUCAAAAAGCUAUUUCCUCUACAAUGUGUCGUUGGAAGAUCCUUUCUCCACCGAAUUUUUCGUUUGGAUCGAUGCUGGAUAUGGUCACGGCAACCAAAGUGUGUUCCCAUUCAAUAACAGAUGGAAACCACGAUUUCCCCGAAACAAGAUCUCUCUUAUAAAGCUUACUCCCGUUCACGAUUUAAUAUCUGGUUACACGAUUGACAGCUUAUACCGACGGAAUUGGUCGGUUGUUUCGGGCGGAUUUGUUGCAGGAGAUAAACGCUCUGUCGGUCAACUACAUACACUUGUUCAUCGAAAAUUCAUCGAGUUAACAUACCGCAAUAAGGUUGACGACGAUCAGACAACUCUCGUCCUCGUAAUCAAUCAGUAUCCACAACUCUUUUCAAUCACUCAUGGUGGCUGGUUCGAUGCUUUCCGGUUGUUUGGACCCGACGAGUACCAAGCACCUGCGUAA